UAUAUAAUUAUUCAGAUGAAAUUCAAUGAUGACCCAAAUUGGUGAUGGGGAUGAGAUUUUUACCACUGAUUCUCCAUCGAUUUCAAACAAAUUCAUAGAAAUCAAUUACUGCAUUCAGCCCUCAAUUUUAGCAGAUUUGUUUAUUCGCUUCCUAAAUUGUUUCUUUUGUUGUUCAGUGCUUUGUAAUUACUGGACUUUGCGUUGAAGUCCGAGUGUCUCUCUCUUAAUUGGUGGGGAUUAGUGAAAUGUUGAUUGUCUUCCUCGGACUGUGUUUUUCUGAAUCAUAGACUUCUGGUUCGAUCAAACACGCAUAGAUAAAGACAGUUUGUGUUUUGAUUGGGUAUGCGAAGUUUGGGAACCUUUUAAUUUCUCUCUCCUCAGAAGAAUUUAAGGCCUAGCUGUUGGGUUCUUGCAGCUCAGGACUCUACAUUGCUGUUGUGUUGUAGUAGAGACUGAUCAUUGUAGUCAAGUGGGUCUCAAACUCUUAAGGGAUUCAGCAUUGUUCCACGUUCUUCUGCGCGAUUGGGUUGGUUUUAAGUGGAUUUACAAAGGCAAACUGAUAAAGAUUCAACUUUUUGGAUAGCUUUUACGAUUUGAGUAUAUUGGCAAAAGAGUCUGCCCUUUUGGGUUGUUUUGGGGAAUUGAAUAUCCAUUGUGAAUGAGGGAAAAGGGGAGAUGAGAGGUGAAGUUUGGGGAUUUGGAGGACAGCAAUGACUACAGGGUCAUUGGGUCUUCGAUCGUCAGGGAGUUAUGGGUCUCUGCAGCAAGUUCAGAACAGUUCGUUAUCGUUCUCAAUCCAAACUUCACCGCCCUUGUCAAGAAAGCCUUCCAAGAUGCUUAAGGAAAAGGACAGAUUGUUCUUCUGGAUCUUCAGAUUUGCGCCGCGAAAGAAGGUCGGAAUGCUGCUCUUGUGUCUUGUUUCGCUUGCAGUUUUCAUGUGGGUUUUGAUUGUUGGCAAAGUUGCAGGUGAAGAUGCUCGAGAAAGCAUUACUCGAAAUGUAAAUAUUGCACCUGGGCCAAUAUCUGAGGAGAAAGUUAGCAUCGUUGGAGCUCCACCUUCUCAAAUUAUUGAAAUGGAGGGAAGUGCAAAUGCUACCCCUCUAUCUCCACCGACUGUUUUUUUCACUGGGUACAAGCUUCCUCCUGGGAAUCCAUGCGAGCAUUUUACACUUCCUCCGCCCCCAGCAGAUAAAAAGAGGACGGGGCCACGCCCAUGUCCUGUAUGCUACCUUCCUUUGGAGGAUGCCAUUGCGCUAAUGCCUAAUGCACCAUCCUUUUCUCCUGUACUUAAAGAUCUGACAUAUGUUCAUGAAGAAAAUUUGUCUAAAUCAGAAUUUGGAGGUUCGGACUUUGGUGGAUAUCCUUCACUGAAGCAGAGGAGUGACUCCUAUGAUAUAAGGGAGUCCAUGAGUGUGCACUGUGGGUUUGUUGGAGGAGUGAAACCUGGUCAUCAGACUGGUUUUGACAUUGAUGACUCUGAUCUUCUUGAGAUGGAAAAGUGUCGAGGAGUGGUUGUCGCAUCAGCAAUAUUUGGGGCUUUUGAUUUAAUAAGGCAACCAAAGAAUGUUAGUGAAUAUUCCCAAAAAACUGUUUGCUUUCAUAUGUUUGUGGAUGAAGAAACAAAAGCCUUUUUGAGGAAUUCUAGUGAGCUUGGCAGUGACAAGAAAGUCGGGCUGUGGAGGGUUACUGUUGUCCGGAAUCUACCUUAUUCUGAUCCAAGACGUAAUGGAAAGGUGCCUAAAUUACUACUUCACCGCCUUUUCCCUAAUGCCCGGUACUCACUGUGGAUUGAUGCAAAACUUGAGCUGGUUGUGGAUCCAAUUCAAAUUCUCGAAAGGUUCUUGUGGAGGAAAAAUGCAAGCUUUGCAAUAUCAAGGCAUUAUAGGCGUUUUGAUGUGUUUGUAGAAGCAGAAGCUAAUAAAGCAGCUGGCAAAUAUGACAAUGCUUCCAUUGAUUUCCAGAUUGACUUUUAUAAAAAGGAGGGCUUAACACCGUAUUCUGCAGCAAAGCUGCCCAUUACCAGCGAUGUUCCUGAAGGAUGUGUGAUAGUUAGGGAGCACAUCCCAAUCACCAAUCUCUUCACCUGUCUUUGGUUUAAUGAAGUGGACCGUUUCACUUCAAGAGACCAGAUAAGUUUUUCCACUGUAAGGGACAAGAUCCGGUCGAAGACUAACUACACUAUCAAUAUGUUCUUGGACUGCGAAAGACGCAACUUUGUGAUCCAGGGCUACCACAGAGACCUGCUGGAGCACUGGUCUCCGCCUCCGCCUGCCAGUGUCAUUUCCAAUGUUCAUCCUCCUCCGCCCAUAGUUAUGGUUGAUGGGACAAAAAUCCCAACCAACAUCAGCACAAGCAGUCCAAUCAAGAAGGUGCCCACAAAGCGUGGGAAAGACAGGAGGUGGAGGCGUCACCGGAAAAUUGUCAUUGGCAGUAAAGAUGCCAGUACUAGUAACAAUUUUGUCUAGGCAAGAUUCUUAAUUCUUUCCUCCCCUGUUUCAAGAUCAUUUAGACCGGGGCUGGGUGCUAACGUCGACAUGAGAGUUGUAGGUAUAUCCCAAUACGGCAUGGUUCUUUUUCUUUUUUUUU